AGGAUCUUGUCCAUGGCAUCAGCAGGAAAUGUCUGUGAGCAAGGGGAGUGCGAGGGCAGCAGAUCCAGCCCUCCUGGCUGGAGGACCGCAAGGCCUUCUUACCAAAUGCCCAUGCCCCCACCUGCAGUCCAUCUCCCAGAACCCUCUCUUGCCAUCCUGCACCACGCAGUGACGGAAGCUGAUGCUGCCAGCUUUCCUACAGGCUCUGCUGCCCAGCAUCUCUGCAGGGCUGCUCUCCCUGCACUGGAGUGCUCAGUGUGGCAUCUCUUCCCUCCCCUGCUUCCACCCACAGUUGUUUGGAGGAUACCUCAGGCCUGCUGAGAGGAUGGACGUCGUCCUCACAGCCCUUCAAGCGCUGGUUGACUCCAGCAUCUAUGACAAGGAGGCAGCCUGCAGUGUGAUGGCCGUGGCCAUGGAAGACCACGCCUUCUGGAUGCCAGAUAAAGCCCAGUUCAUGACCUUCAUCCGCAAGAACUUGAGGAGCAUCACCACAAAGGCAGCGCGGCGCUGCCUGGACUCCCUGCUCCUCCUUCUGACCAGCCAGAUGCCGGCGGAAGAAGUCAGGAGCCUGCUGAAGUCCUCUCCACCAAGCGACAGCAACGCCCUGGACCCGUGGGAGGUGAUGCUCUGCAUGCCGCAGACCUUGGAGAAGGUCUUGAAGGAGGUGACCAAGGGCUCACAGCUGAGCAGGCUGGUAGAAGGAGUCACAGAAGACACCUGUAUCCUCUUCUUGGCUCUAAUGGCAAAGAGUGAAGAUAACGAGGACUUUUUUGGUGACCUACGCCACCUCAAGACUUUUCUGAAGCAUCCAAGCGUGGAGAUGCACAGCGUGGUGCUCAGAGGGCUUGUCGUACUCUCCGAGACACGGGAGAAGGCAAGAAAAAUGCGGGUGGUGCUGCCAGAGAUCAUGGCCACCCUGCAGGAUGCCAGCGCAGACAUCAAGAUGAAGGCCCUGUUUGUCAUUCAAAACAUCAUGGGCUGCGUGAAGAGGAAGGAGGCCAGCUCCAUUGCCUCCAGUGCCGUGCAGGUGUCCUCCAUCCGUCUCUACAGAGACAUGGUGCAGGCCGUGGUCUGGUGCCACCGGAGCAGAAUGAAGGGGACGGUGCGCAGGGGCCUGGUCCCACUGCUCCUUCGGAUGCACGAUGAGAACCAGGACGUGGCCCAGGUACAGUUUUCCGCCCCACCGAGGGCACGGUGA